UCCGCGCACGCAACUGCACGAGAGAGGCAGCACAUGGGCAGGCUUGUCUCGGCAGCAGCCUCUAUACCUCUAUUUUCUUACUGUACCCGAAGGCGUGUGGUGCUACACUUAAAGUGAGACGGUAACUCGAGCCAGUCUUAAAUUGUACGCCGUCACUUGGUCUCGAAACAAACUGUAGUGUUGAUCAAACUUUAAUGUCUACGAAAGUGCCCGCUAUUUUUUAAAAAAACUUUUUAAAUAAAUACGUGCUCGUGUAGUGAAAUCAAAAUUUGAUUUUUUAUUGUUUAGGUUUAAGAAGUUAUUAUUCCUUGUGAUAAUUGUAGCAAUGUAAUUCAAGAAAAAAAAAAAAAAAAUAAGAGUAACAUAAACAGAGAACCGUCAAAUGAAGGUGAUCUUUCAUAGAUUUCUCAAUGGAGCACAGGCCUUGUUCACGCCAGGCAGUAGUAACAAUAACGUGUCAGGUCUCGCGAGUUCCCCGUGGGUAAUUGUGCCCGGUAAGGUCGUAAAGAAGCGGAAGACAGUUUUAUAGUCCCGACCCACGUGGCGCUCGUAAAGUAACUCGGCUCUUGUGGCGGUUGCUUACCUCUCUAUUAGUUAGUGUGAUCCUCCCCAUCGUUCAUUAUCGAAUCAUUAUUGUGGUGAUAAAUCAUUCAUUUGGUUACAUGAUAACUUGUUAAUGAUAAAAGACCUUUAAAUAGCUAUAAAAAGUUGUAUAAAUAAUUAAACGUGUUGAAACGUAAGUGACAUGUUGCUACUAAAGCGUAAUUUUUGGUAAUUAUUCAGCAAAAUGAUCAGUUAAUUGUUUGGAGUUAAAGUAAUUUAUGAGUAACAUAAAAGUACAAAUGCUGUGAACAAAUUCAAGUGACGUUGUUGCGAUACAUUUGCAUGAUAUCGCACGUAAUUGUUUUUUUUCCAACGAAAUCAAAAGUGCUAGGAGUUGACCUAUUCAACCAACAAUGAGUUCCUAUCAGUUCGUAAAUUCAUUAGCAGCCUGUUAUGGAGGCCAACAACCCCAACAACAGCAGCCUCGUCCAACACCUAAUUCUCCAAGUGAGGCUCUACAAGCUGCAUCUCCCGCCGGUAAUGAUUACUAUAAUCCUAAUGCAGCAACAACUGGUUAUCCAACUCCAUGCUAUUCACCACAACAGCACUAUCCUCAACAUCCUUAUGCAACACCAGCAUCAGGACUGCAGCACCCAGCACCAACGGGGAUGAUUGACUACACCCAAUUACAGCCUCAACCGAGGCUAAAUGCAACAGCUUCGCAACAUACCAUGCACGCUCAACAAUCACAGCAUCACUCGCAGCAUCAUUCUCAGUCCCAAAUUCUGUCAGACCCAACUGCACCGCUUUUGCAAGGCGUAACACCUUCAUCAGCACCUUCAACAUCAAGUUGUAAGUACGCCGAUUCAACUUCUUCGACAAGCGUAGCUUCGCCCCAGGAUCUCACGACAUCAACAUCACGAAAUAGUCCGACGCCACUAGCUGGUACUAGUAAAUCUAGUACUACAAUUACAUCACCAUCUGGGAGUUCCGCGAGACCCUCAGUUGCGGCAUCUGCAUCAUCACCACCCAGUGGAAGUUCCAGAGCUGUUGCUGAAGGCAGCACAUCUCUAACGACAGCAUCUUCGGCAUCAUCACCAGCUUCUUCCACAUCUAGUACUUCCAGCACUGGAAAUAAUUCAUCUAAUAAAGCCAAUUCCAGUAAUAGUAAUCCUCCUCAAAUAUAUCCGUGGAUGAAAAGGGUUCACAUCGGACAAAGUACUGUGAAUGCAAACGGUGAGACGAAACGUCAAAGGACGUCGUACACAAGGUAUCAGACUUUAGAGUUGGAAAAAGAAUUCCAUUUUAAUCGUUACCUAACAAGGCGGCGGCGUAUUGAAAUUGCACAUGCACUGUGUUUAACAGAACGUCAGAUUAAAAUAUGGUUCCAAAAUCGACGAAUGAAGUGGAAAAAAGAACACAAGAUGGCGAGUAUGAACAUCGUACCGUACCAUAUGUCACCAUACGGCCAUCCCUACCAGUUCGCACCGCACCCGAGCCAGUUUGCCCAUUUGGCCACAUAGGACGAGUUCUCGCCCGCCGAGCUCGGAGCACACGCUGUCCGGUUUCCCAGUAUGUACGGUGAGCAGAAUUUCUAAGGCUUCCUAUGCUAUAACAUCCCAUCAACUUGUACACAAGUUACGAUACGCAGCAUAAAAUGAUGCUCGACUUGUUCUGAAGCACUUGAAUGAUUUGUUGUUUCAUUUAUCCAUAUUUGUAGACAAACGAUCUACCAUACGAUCCAAUUAGAUCGAUCACAUCUGGAAAAUUCAUUCAUUUAUUCCAAUUUUAUAUAUUUUAUUUAUUGACCAUUUCAUCAUCACAUUAAAUAUAUUUAUAUAAACUGAGACAUUACAUGUCAUUCGAUUGCUACAGUACAUCUUUUCAAGUCAAUCAACUGAUAAAAGUUGAAGGGAAGCUCAUUAGAAACAAAAGUUCUGCUUUUAAAUAAUAUCCGUACACCUGAAAUUCAUCAAGACUGGACUAUACUCCGAGAUGACUCUCAUGAUAUUGCAAUAUUAUAUAACUAAAUUAAAAACUAUGAACUUUAAUUAAAUUUUAAAUAAAUUGCAGAGAGUCAAACUCAGUGGGCGAGAUGAAAGAGUCUCAUUAGUUUGUAAGAUUAUACUUCAAUGCAUCUAAAUAGUUAAAAAAAAAACGAAUAUAUACAUAUAUAUGUACUAGAGUGUUUAAAAAAAAAACUUUUUUUUUCUUAUGGUCUCAAAAGCUGGUUUUAAGUAAAAAAAAAGCCUCCGAAAGAACAACUCGAAAUCUCAAUUCUUCAAGAGCUCAACGAAUAUUCAUUUUCCCGUUUAAAUUGCAUGUAAGAAAAUUUUUUUUUUUUUUUAAAUAUAAAAGUAUUAAAAAAAAUUUUUUUUUUAAAUCAAAGUACAUGGUCGCGUAGAAAAUUAAAUUCUCUACAAAAAAGUUCUGACCCGGGAAAAAAUCAUCAUGCACGACCAUGUUUGAUCAUGCAUGAUCCAAGCAUGACUUUGCACGAUUCAUGCAAAGACACGCAUGAUCAUGAGAAUCCAUGUUUAAUUAUGCAUGAUCAUUUAUGACGAGGAAAGAAUAGUCAUGUAUGGUUCAUGCAAUAUCAUGCAUGACCGAGCUCCAUCAUGAAUGAUCAUUCACGACACCGCAUGAUUCAUGCAAAGGCAUGCAUGAUUAUGUAAAGUCAUGUUCAAUCAUGUACGAUCAUGUAUGUCGAGGAAAGAAUAGACAUGCAUGAUUCAUGCAAUAUCAUGCAUGACCAAACUCAAUCAUGAAUGAUCAUUCGUGACACCGUAUGAUUCAUGCAAAAGCAUGCAUGAUUAUGUAAAAUCUUGUUCAAUCAUUCAUGAUCAGGUCUGAUAAUUUUUUUUCCAGGGAGUCUUUUCGUCGCAGAGCUAAUAGAAAAAAAGCUAUGAUUCUUUAAACUACAUUAAAUAGUGUAACAAUGUUUUUCAUUAUAUUCAACAGUUUUUUGACAGGAAUUUAGAUUUUUCAUUGAAGCCAAUGCCAUCUGGAAUUUUUUUUGAACACAUGAAAAAAAUUUUCCUUACUUUGAAAACAGAACGUUUUUUUUUUUAAUUUAAAAACAGAAAAAAAAAUAUUAAUUCUUACAAAAAAAUAUUUUUCUUUUGAAAUUUAUAUGGAAAAUAAGUAAGAUCUCAGAAAUCUUUUUAAAACACCUGAUUGAUUAUAUAUAAUAUAUAGACUCGGCAUAUAAGCACGUACAUGCAAUAAAAUCCGGAAAUUAUCUUUAAAACUGUGUAUCGUUAAGUUUUUCAAUUCACUAUUGUUUCAAGCUUCAUAACUUUUUUCCUGUUAGUGGUACGAAGAAUACACUUAGGGACUUUUUUGUAGAGAAUUAAUUUCCUACAGGAUUACGUACUUUGAUUUUUGAAAAAAAAAAAUUUUUUCACAUGUAAUUUAAACGAGAAAAUGAAUAUUUGUUGAGCUCUUAGCAGGAUUGAGAUUUCGAGCUCGGCUGCCCAAUUUCAAAACACAGUAACUGACAAAAAUCAAAUUUUAAAAAUAUGUAUCGAAUCAUCUUCACAAGACUCCACUGGAACUAAAAAUACUAAAAAAUUGAUUUUGAAAAAUUUGUCACUGUGUUUUGAAAUCGGGUAGCCGAGCUGCUCUUUUGGGAGGAUUUUUUUUAUAUCUAAGACUAACUUUUAAGACCAUAAGACUAAAAAAAAAGAUGUUUUUUAAAACACCCUAAUACAUAUAUAUUUAUAUACAUGACUGUAAAUGCUUGAAAACAGUGUAUUUUUUUUUUCGUCGGCGUUCAAUAAUGUUCGCAUUUGUGAGCCAGAAAAAAAAAUACAAACAUAAAGUACUUAUAUUUUCACGCUUUCUCUAUUGAAUAGGUGAAUUAAUUUAUAUGACAUACGUUAUCACAAUUUUUUUUUUUUUUUUCGAAUUUCUUGUAAAUUCUUACCAAAACGAAAAAAACCUUGUAGGUUAAAGUUAGACUUAAUUAUAGUAAUGAAUAUGAUUUUGACAAAAGCAAAACUAAGAGCAAUUGAUUAGAACGUUAAAUGUACAAAGUAUACCGUUCUAUAUUUGUUAUAUGAAAAUGUUAAUAUAACAGUGUCUCAUAUAAAUUUCUAGAAUAUAUAUAAAUGCCUGAUAAUACUCAAAGCUUUAUUGAUAAAAUGAAAAAUAAAUCAAAUCAAAAAGCGUAAAUGAAAAGAAAAUAGGAUAUUAUGUGUUUGAUACGUCGGUUUUGAAGAAAUAAUUUGAAAAAUAUAGAUCAUACAUUAAUCAUUUAUUUAAGUAACGUCUGAUAAAAAGCAUGUCGAAUCAAUAAAAUAUAUUUAAGUUGAUUUUACAAUAAUUGAAAAAGCUAAAUUUAUUUAUUGGAGAAAAGUUAUAAGUUGUGUAAUUUUUAAAAUAUACGGAGAAAAGUUUAUAAUAAUUUUGCCACCAAAUUUGUAUUUAAAAGCUUAUAUGUGGUGCUUUGUGAUUUUGGGAGCUUCAGACUAUAAAUUUUAUUGAUAAGUUCGGGGGAGGGGGUACCACCUGAGGAAAUACUGAGUUUUUGGGAACUCAAAUACGUUAAAAUUUUUUUUUAAUGAUAUUCAGAGUGAAUAGAAACAAUUUUUAUUUUUAAGUGCGAAAUGUGAAUUUUUGGAAAUCAAAUAAGAAAGACCGGGGCGCGCUACGGCUUCCUAGGGCAUUGCGGCCACCCUCAAAAAUUUUGAAAAAAAAUUUUUUUUUUCCAUUUUCGGUCAAAUCAUGAUACCUCUGAUGUUUUAAAAAUAUUUUAAGCCCAUCUGCGAUAUUUGGAGCAAAAUGGACUUCUGAAAAGAAAUUUGCUACAGAAAAAUUUUUAUUUUUUCUAGACUAAAAUGAAUUUGAAAAAUUUAUUGAAUAAAGCUCUUUUAGGUCAACAAAUUAUAUUGUGGUUAAAAUAAAAAAAUAAAAAUUUUAAUAAAACUGUAAGUCCAUGGGAUUAUAAAGGUACAGAAUUGUAUAUUUGUGGUUGAAAUUUUUUUUUUCAAUAAAAAAAAAACAAAAAUCUUUUUAAGCUUUUUUUUGGAGGGGGGCCGUCGUGCCCCAGAAAAAAAUUUUUUCUUUAAGUUUUGGUAAAACCUUACUGGAUUUGCUUAAGAUAGGUCCAAAUUAGAUUAACCUAUAGAUUAAAAGCCAUAAAAAAAAAUUUCCGGCUUAAGGGGGCCGUCGUGCCUCGGUCGCCCCUAAAUUGGUUUAAAUUAAAUUUUCUUAUAAGUAAUUUACGUAACGAAAAUUUACAUUUCACACAAUUAUUGGAUGCAAAGGAAAAAAAAUAUUUUUAAUAGUUUUUUUAAAACAUGAGUCAUUAACAUUUUCGACUGACACUUUCGAUUUUGAAAAAGCUUUCCGUACGAAAAAAGUAUAUAUCCGGAAUACAUACGGGCAAAAUUGAAUAUAUGUCUCAUAUAUGCGGCAUAUAUUCAGAUUUGCCCGAAUAUAUACGGAAAUAUACUUUUUCAGUGCUGGUUAACAAAAAAAAAAUCAAAAUAAUGCUCAAUUAUAUUAUCAAAAUUGUGCCUAAUUUGCCCCCCCCCUCCCUCCCUCUUAUUUUACAUCUAAUUACACAAUGUUAAUAAACUUUUGUUAUGUUACAUCAUUUAAAAAAAUUGUUUUUUUUUUUCAUGAAAUAUAACGUUAUAUUUUGUACAAGAUUUUGAUGUAUCCUAUUACAAAGUGUUAGAUUGUCGUACAACUGCUAUCAUAUAUCUCAGCAAUUUUUAAUUAUGAAUUUUUCUCCGUAUAUUAGAUCCAUUGAAUUGGUAUAAACAUGAAUUAAUAAGAUUUUAUUGGGUGUUUUUAAAUUGAAUCACGUUAACAAUAUAUGUAAAAUUUUUGACGAGUAUCAAAAUAAGAUCAAGCGGGUGAAGAUUUAUGGUGACAAUUUUACAUAAGUUCGGCAAAAGGCAAUUACAUGCAACCUCUUGAAUCUCAUGUUAAAUAAAUAAUUUAGCUUGACCGAUCAUAUGUACAUCAAUACGUACAGUUAGUAAUAAAUCGACUGUCUUAUUAAAGUAAAAAUAAUAAAAUAAAGUGGCUCACAGUAAAAUCAGUUGAGCAAGAAUUCGUUUUUGAUAUAAAAUUGUACAUUCUUGUAAUUGUGGUGUUAUAUCUUGUGAUACGAAUUUCGCAAACUAAAAAUUGUAAUAUUGAAUUUUUUUUUUUUAUGUUAAGUUAAUAAAAAGUUAAAUAGUGUUUUGAAAAGACAAAUUCGGAAGCAUACAGGGAUUUAUGAGUAUACGAUAAAUAAGUUAAAUAAAUUAAGUGAUUGUACAUAAUUAUUAAAAAAAAAUAUAUAUAUAUACAUAUAAAAAUUAGCAAAGAUUAUUAACUAUGUUGGCGUGAUAUAUUGGGAAUAAUGAAAAGGCUGAAUGUAAACUCGAAAAGUCUCAGCUUCCUUUUGUUUUAACUCAUAAGAUGUUAUGAUACCUUUAUAUCAAUGUAUUUAAAUUUUUAUUUAUUUAUUGUACUAAUAAUAAUAACAAUAAUAAUUAUUAUUGUUAUUAUUAUUACAAUUAGUUUCAUUUUAGUUAUUACUAUUAUUAUUAUUACUAUUGGUUUAAUUUUAGAUAUUAUUAUUAUUAUUAUUAUUAUUAUUAUUAUUAUUAUUAUUAUUAUUAUUAUUAUUUUUUAAAAGUGAGUCUGUUGUAUAUUGACUUAGUUCAGUGUUAAUAUUAAAUUUUAUUUGUUUCGUUAUGAUUUUUUGUUAUUUAACGCCGCGUGUCGUCGGCUACAUACACGCUCAAUUCUACGCGAAUGGCCACAAUUUACUUAUGAGAUAACACAAGUCAACGAAUGAUUUAACACGAAUUAUGAUUAUUGUAUUUCAAACAUAUUUUUUUAUUGACAAAUUAAUAGCUUUCACAUUUCGUCCCCUUUCUGGGUAAACCUCGUACACGGUAAGAAAUGCAUAGCGUUUAACACCAUGCUGGUAUGGUCUCAAGACAGAUACCAAAAUUGUAUGUGAAAUAUUCCAAGACAGUAUUGUAACGAGUCCCAGAAGUAUGGCGUUAUUUACUAUACUGUAUAGUUCUGGAGUAUAGUAUUGUAUUGCUCACACGUAUGCAUAGCGGGCACGGCAAAACAGCAUGGACCUGAGACCCAUACUACAAUGCUGAAAGCACAAUGCUACUAGUUUUUCCCGCCAUAAUUUCUGGCGUGUCAAUCAAUGUAUGCUAUCGUAUGAUCACCAAAACUAUAUAGAUGUCGUUAGUCUAGGUUUAUCGGCCAGAAGCAAUGUGGAUACGGCAACACAGUAUGGGCCUGACGGCCAUACUGACAUUGCGGCGUCCGCGCCAACUAUUGCCAAUGUUAUUAUUCCCGCAAUGGUUGAAUCAUCUAUGCAUACAAUUUUAUAACCUAUAAAAAUCUUCGAUACCAUACAGUAUGGCAUUCGAGCCCAUACUGGCAUAGUGAUUUCCGCAAAAUAUUUCUUACCGUGUAACUGCAAAAUUAUAAUUUCUUCAGAAAUCGGUCAAAACCUCUAUUGUGUUACACGUACGUUCAUGGAAAUAUUAAAACUCAAAAGUCUCCCGAACAUUCUGUCGUAAUUAUUAAAAUUUGAAGCUUUUUUUAACUAGUAGCUUUACAAAAGAAUGUUUUCCACUCAUAAUUGUAAUUAUGAAAAAAAAGUAGUUACGAGGUUCACCCAGAAGGGGGUCGAUUUGGGACAAUUUAAUUUUUUUUUCAUUAUUUUUAUGUAGGGCAGAGUGGGGUGGAAUGGGCGCCUUAAGAAAAAAGGGCUUAUACGUAAUAUAAAUGUAAGCCCAUUUUGCCUCCCCAACCCUGUAAUUACAAAAUACUCAUUUUUAUCAGCACAAUUUUACUUUAAUUAUUAGAAUGUACCGAUUGGUCAUUGUUUCUAAUUUGAAAAAUAUGUAUAAAAAAAAUUAUAUAACAAAAUACACUGCAAUUUAAUAAAAUGUCAUAUUAAAAUAUUCAUAUACUUUAUUCGUACGAAAUUUGUCCGAAGAUUAACCAUAAGUAUUACAUUCGCGUAGACGUUUUUCUCAAAUGUUAAUUCAUUCCAUGUAUGAUACGUGAUAGUUUUAAUAAAAAAAAUACUUGCUAUAACUACAUAAAUUUAGAACACAAAUAUGUGUACGAUCGUAUAAUAAUUAUAUAUAAUUAAAAGUGUAAUUAUUAAAUGGUAUGUCGUAAACGAAAAACAGUUCUUUCUCUUUUUGCCUUUUUAUAUCAUUACUCUUCCUCAACCGUCUGCAACAUUCAUUAAACGAUUAAGUGUCAUGUGCAAACGAUAAUUGAUUUAAAAUUUUUGGAUGUAUUUAACAUAACACUAUAAUAUAAUUACAUGCUGCUAUUUUCUUGCAGGAAAGUAUACUUGCAACUUUCAUCUUGCAACAAUCAGUAUUAUUAAUUAGAAUUAUUCUUAUUAUGAUAUAUUUAUACAAUUAAAAAUUAUGAACGAAUCGACGUAAAAAUCAUCUGAAGAACUAAUUAAAUAUAUAUGGAAU